AUGUCCCUCAUCCCCCGACUGGUGGAGUCCAUCAAGCGCCUGCAUCAGGACCUGCAGACCGAGCGCGCGCGCCAUGCGGUCAACGACGAGUUCGACCGCCUGCGUCUGCAUGUGACCGACCGUGCCCGGCCAACCAGCCAGCUCCUCGGCACCCCCUCGGCGGCGGCUACCCUGAACGCCGAGCAUGAACGCAUCGAGCGCGAGCGUCGUGAGCUUCAGGCACGCGCCGAGCGCCUGCGCGUGGAGCGCGACCGUCUUAAGGUCCUCCAGGCAGCCCAGGACGAGGCGGUGGCCACCAAUCAGGUGGGGGGCCCGCUGGACUUCGCCCCCGGGGGGAGCGCAUCUGCCGGCGCGACGGCCGUCUCCACGCCGCCGCCUGCCCUGCAUGGCUCCGGUGGCGGGCACUACCAACAUCACACCGGUGCCGGGGCUGGGGCUCCUGUAUCGCCGAUCAUCACCACCCCCCUGCUCUACAGCCCGGAUAUGCACUCGCAUCUCCACCACCAGCAGCCCGUGUCCGCCACACAGGUGUCCACCCCGACCGGGAUGGCCCCCCCGCCGGUGCUCGUGUCUCCGGGGGGAUUGCUGCUGACGCCGCUGUCGACCACGGCCCCGCAUCCGACCGGACCCUCAGCAGCCGGCCCCCAUGCGGGUGGCCCCUCAUCGCACUUGGCCACCGCCCCGGACCACCUGUCCGGGUCGCACUUGGCUUCGCCCUCAUCGGCCACGCCGCCGCUGCAGUACUCGAACUCGGCACACUCGCUGUCGCUGGCUUCCACGCCGGAGCCCGGCUCUUCGCCGGGGAUGAGCUCGCCAACCGGCGCGGCUGCUUGCCCGGAGAGCAACUUCGCUCGAAGCGACUCCAGCAUCAACGAGCGUGCCCAUCAUCAUGCAUAUGGCAGUGCCGAUGCCAACGCCACCGGGGGAACCGCGGUGCCCCUGUCGCCCUUUGCCCCGAUGGCCGGGACGGAAUCCAACUUCCGGGCCUCGAUCGACUGCUCCUCACAGUCGUUCAGCCAGUUGCGCAGCACCUUCGGUGGCUAG